AUGGUUUCUGCUGUGAGCCACCAGGCCCAAGAGUAUGUAACAGUGGAAAUACAAGAAGGCCCUUUGAGGGGUCAGGUGUCAAAAACGUUCACAGACAAAGCCAUGUUUAUGUUUGAAGGCAUUCCAUAUGCCGAACCGCCAGUUGGAGAUCUCCGGUUCCAGCCUCCAGUGGCCAAAGCUGCGUGGUCUGAUGUCAGAGACGCCCUGGCGCUAGGGUCGCACUGUCCUCAAAUUGAAGACAAUGAAGCAGUUGGGAACGAAGACUGCCUCCACCUUAACGUUUAUGGUCCAGAGGCGGCCUUACAGAAACAAGAACUUAAAGCUGCUAUGGUUUGGAUCCAUGGUGGAUGUUUCACAGGAACUUCAGGUGAUAGCGCAAUACCAAAUUACUACGUCGACCAAGACGUCGUCUUCGUCAGCAUAAAUUAUCGUCUCGGUCUGUUAGGUUUCCUAAGCACGGGUGACGAAGUCGUCCCAGGAAACAUGGGUCUUAAAGACCAGACAGAGGCUCUGCGCUGGGUACAGAGGAACAUAGCAGUGUUUGGUGGUGAUCCAGAAAAAGUAACCAUCUUCGGACAAAGCGCUGGAGGUGCAUCCAUUCACUAUCAUGUCGUGUCUCCACUGAGCACAGGCCUAUUCAAGAAUGCCAUUGCAAUGAGUGGGUCAUCGUUAAACCCUUGGGCAUUUUCCAAAAAUGCUACAGAUAGAGCAAUUCGUUUUGCUCAGUAUUUGGGAUACACAGGGAAAACUUCGAAUGAUCUCGUAAAUUUUCUGAAAAAUGUGGAUCCCAAAGACCUAGUGACGAACGCAAAUGUUGCUCUUUCCGAAGAGGAUAGCAAAACUUUGUUCACCUGUGUCUGGGUACCCAGCGCCGAGCCGGUAAGCGAUGGAGCAUUUCUGACCGAAGAGCCAUGGAUAGCUUUGUCGGAAGGGCGCUACAAUCUGGUUCCUUUCAUGACUGGUAACACUGACCUAGAGCGAGUUGGACACACACAGCCUGGUGGUUCAUUAUCAACGGAGGCCCAAAUAGAGAACCUGAACGAGAACUUUGGCGAAAUUGUGGGCUGUGAUUUACGACUUCCGACGAAGGAAGAACGGCUAGAAGGUGCUGAGUCCGUCAAAGAGUUCUACUACAACGGCAGCGACAUCACGCUGAAGGACAACUACACCACCGCUCUGUUUGAUUCGCACCUCUUCUUCGUGGAGGGAGUGGACGCCGCUAUCAGGAGCAUGUCUCGCUUAUCCUCGCAGCCGGUCUACUACUACCAGUUUUCGUACGUCGGUCCCCUCAGCUUAUAUCCUGGUGGCCCAGGCGCAGCACAUGCCGACGACAUGCGCUACAUGUACACAACACCCACAGACCUGGAUCCUGAUUCGGAUGGAGGAAUUAUCAGAGCUCAGAUGAUAGAGAUGUGGGCUAAUUUUGCCAAAUAUGACAAUCCAACGCCGGAACAGACUUCUCUGCUGACAGAAGUGUGGAAGGAAUACAAUGACUCGUCCCAGUAUUAUUUGGAGAUAACGAGACCUCUUCGCCUAAAAGCUAACUUGUUUGAGCCGUACAUGAUCUUCUGGAAGAAUCUGCUGCCGUCGUAAAUACAGAUCUGGUUUAAUUACAGCCUGACCAUGUCAGUCCAAU